AUGGUCUUCACAAUGUUAUCCAAGGCAUCUGCCUACAGGAACAAGUAUUUGCCAAAAGCCUUUACGGAUAGCAAUAAGCCAAAGACGGCCGUGGUGGUAGGAUCCACUUCUGGAAUUGGACAAGGAAUUGCCCAUCGUUUGGCCGAACAGGGAUGGAACGUCGUGGCAGUGGGACGUUAUCGAGAAGGUCGGGCCGAAGAAGUCGUCAAGACAUUGAACGAAUAUACCGAGGCCAUUGCCAAAACGAAAGAUGGCGAAGUCACGAAACCACAACAUUCCUUUGUGGCAUGUGAUUGCUUCUCUCUCAAAAGUGUCCAAGAAGCUUCCAAGAGUAUCCUAGAAAAGCAUGAUACGAUUGAUGCCUUGGUCUUGACGCAGGGAAUGGCAACGACGCAAGGAUUUACACCCACCGUAGAUGGAAACGAUGAAAAAUUGACUUUGCAUUACUUUUCCCGCAUGGCCUUUGCCUGUCUACUUUUGCCGGCCUUGUCCAAGAGCAAUAUGUCCAAUGGACCUGUCAUUUUGAGCGUCUUGUCGGGUGGAGUCCACUCUCCCUACAAGAAUUAUGAAACGGACUUUGAUCUGAAGGAGAACUAUUCGGUUUCGAAUGCGGCCAAUGCCGCGGGAUUCUACAAUGAUCUGGGCUUGGAUGCUCUGGCACGCAAACAUCCACAAAUGAAUUUUAUGCACGCGGCUCCCGGAUUUGUCAAUACCAAUUGGGGAACGGAAUUCAAUCCAAUUCUAAGGGCCAUGGUUCGUUGUAUGCAACCACUUGGUAAAAGUCCGGCGGAUUGUGCUGAAUUCAUGGCCGCGCCUACCAUCUUGGCGAGUGAAUUUGGAGAUGACUUGGCGCCCAAAUAUGAAGAUGUGGGCGUCAUUUGUUUUGGAGGUUCUUCUGGCAAGGCAGAACCCUCAACAGUUUCCAAAGGACACACAGCAGAAGCAAGAGAAUUUGUGUGGAAGCAAACCAUUGAAACCCUCAAGAAGGUUGGAUUGGAUGUCUCGGAAUGA